AGUCGCUAUGUUGAUAAUUUACUAGGAGUUUACUACAUUAAUGUUUAUAAUUUUCCAGGAGUUUGCCUCUUUGACAAAAGAAUUAAACCAAACGAGAGAACAGCUGAUAGAACGAGAGGAAGAGAUUCAAGAACUGAAGGCAGAAAGGAAUAAUAUAAAGCUGCUACUGGAACACUUGGAGUGUUUGGUUGCCCGACAUGAACGUUCUCUAAGAAUGACCGUUGUAAAAAGACAGUCUCAGUCCCCUGCAGGAGUUUCUUCUGAAGUGGAGGUUCUCAAGGCACUCAAAUCCCUAUUUGAACAUCACAAAGCUUUAGAUGAAAAGGUUCGGGAGAAGCUUAGAUUGUCAUCAGAAAGAGCUACCACUUUAGAGGAGCAGCUAGCUCGAGCUAAUGAAGAACUGCAGCAUCAUAGAAGUAAGCCAGUUUUACAGAUUUCUGAGGAAAAGAAAAGCGAAGAGAAUGGUGAAUUACCAGAACCAUUAGUGGUUUCUAAUGGAUCAGCAGAAGCUGUGGCAGAUGCAGCCAAAGUAGUCGAACUCAAAGAGACCUUGGAGAAGCAACAAGUUGAACUGGGAGCAGCAAGAGCGAAGUUAGGAGAACUGGGAAGCAAGAUUCAAGAGCUUGAAGAUCUGUUGUCUUCUUCACAGAAGGAAACCUCAAAGCUGCAAGCAGAAAACCUGAAGCUAGAACAUGAUCUUAAAGAGAAUAUUGCACAAAAAGAUGACCAAGAACAGAGGAUAUCGACCUUGGAAAAAAGGUUCCUCAAUGCACAAAGAGAGUCGACAUCUAUCCACGAUUUGAAUGAAAAAUUAGAACAGGAAUUAAUUAACAAAGAAGCUCAGUUAAAACUUAGUGAAGAAAAGGUUAGAGCUUUAGAAGAGAGGCUAGAACUGACUGAACAGAAACUGUCACAGUUCUCAAAAAAAGCUGAAUCUCUGCCAGCAAAAGAAGCUGAACUUCAACAGCAAAUGGAAGCUCUCUCUCAGGCACAAGAGAGGCACAUGAGUAUAGAAGACCGAGUGCAGAGGCUUGAACAGCAGCUGGAAGAAAGAAAUAGUGAACUCAUGAAGGCAAGGCAGAGAGAGAAGAUGAAUGAGGAACACAACCAGCGGCUCUCAGCAACAGUAGAUAAGCUCCUUGCUGAGUCUAACGAACGUCUUCAGCUCCACCUCAAAGAAAGAAUGGAUGCUUUAGAUGAGAAAAACAAUCUCUCACAGCAACUUGAUCAUACCCGGAAGCUAUUAGAGGACUCGCAUAGUGAAAAGGAAAAAAUAGUCCAGGAACUCGCUGUGAUGCGUAAUGAAAUGGACAAACUUCGUCAGGACGUGAGGAGUUACAGAGCUGAAAGCUUAGCCAGGAUGCAGAAAGGAUUCCAGCAGCCACAAGACAGAGAACCAUCUAAGGUUCAUAUAAUAAACGAAGAUGAAUGGGAGACUGUACAGCAGCCUAAUAUCAUUGCAAAUGUCCAACAGGCCUUUGAUGUCAGUGACACAGAAUGUAGCCCAUCUGACGAGAAUGAGACAAUGGACCUGCUGUCUCCAUCUGGCCCUACUGAUGCCCAGACCUUGGCACUCAUGCUUCAAGACCAGCUAGAUGCCAUAAACAAUGAGAUUAGACUCAUUCAGGAGGAAAAAGAAAGCACAGAACAGAGAGCUGAAGAACUGGAAUCCAGAGUUGGGAGUCGGGAAGCCCUUGGACUUACAAUUCGAGGAAGAACAUUUGAACAGUUAUCACCUCCUCUUAAUGGGUGGUCCACCCCAAAAUCACAUCUUAGUCCACAAAUGGAAUAUAUGCAAAAGUACCAUACAGCUCCAGCAGCUAUGACACCUGCCCAGCUCUAUGAAUAUGGCUCUGCUGGUCAAACACACCUGAAUGAUAGUUUUACCAAGUUACAGAUCCAGAUGAUUCCAGAAUCAAUGGAUGACACUGGGCUACAUCGACGAGAGCUUAGUCCUUCCACACAGAGAUCAUUACGACUAGAACGUGUUGCCCAGGCAUUAGCACAAAGUAGUGAAGAACUGCAAAGCUCUAUCAACUCUUCCCAAGAUUCCUUGCAAAAAAAGAAGAAAGGUUUGAAAUCUUCUCUCGGGAAGUUUUUUACCAAAAAAGAUAAAGUAAAAACUAAAGAUGUCCUUCAACAAGGUGUUACCUACCAGGAAAAUGAAGUAUUAGGAGGUGAUACUUCAGGUUUGAGUGGUGGGUUAGGUCAAAAGACUGAUGUUGACCGACGCACAAAGAAAAAACAUGAAUUAUUAGCAGAAGCAAUGAAGGCAGGAACACCAUUUGCACUGUGGAACGGUCCAACUAUAGUUGCUUGGUUGGAGCUCUGGGUAGGCAUGCCACCCUGGUAUGUAGCAGCAUGCAGAGCCAACGUUAAAAGUGGAGCCAUCAUGUCAGCAUUAUCUGAUACAGAAAUCCAAAGAGAGAUUGGAAUUAGCAACCCUCUUCACCGACUCAAACUUCGCUUAGCUAUCCAGGAAAUGGUAGCUCUUACAAGCCCAUCAGCUGCUAAACCUUCUAGAACAACUCUAGCAUUUGGUGAGAUGAACCAUGAAUGGAUAGGUAAUGAUUGGCUUCCAAGUCUUGGACUACCACAGUACAGAUCCACCUUCAUGGAAUGCUUGGUAGAUGCCCGAAUGUUAGACCACUUAACCAAAAAAGAUUUGAGAGUCCACCUAAAAAUGGUAGACAGUUUCCAUAGGAAGAGCCUACAAUAUGGCAUUAAUUGUUUAAAAAGAACGAACUAUGACAAGGAAGUUCUUGCUGAAAGGAGAAAAAACAGUGAACAUGAAGUUAAAG